UCACCUUAAUGUUACAAAAUCAGCUGUUAUUUACGGCUCUUUAAUUUUUCGGGUUAUAGUAAACUGGAGUAAUUGUUGGAGAGUUAAAAAUAUGUUGAGGGCAGUUGGAAAAUUGUCAUCGAGUCAGCUGAAAUCAUUGCCUGUGAGACUUUACAGUCAAAAGUCAGGGGCUGCAAGCACUGCUCAGCCAGCUCCAAACCCAGAUGUAUCUGGGUUGAGUGAAAAAUGUGUUGCAGUGCCCACCAAACCUGUCGGCCCGAACGCAAGUAAAAAUACAGAAUACAAAAAUCCCGAGUACUUCUGCUAUCACGUCGACAGUUUCGCCGAGGCUGAGGUGGAGAUGGCCAAAUUUCGUCUGCCACCCCCAACCAACCGAGAAAAAUUCACCCGUAAUUUAUAGAGCUCUAGAAAGUGAAUAGAUAAUUACUUGAGGAUGUGGAGUUGAUCGAUGUAAAGAUAAGCCAUUAGAAUCAACCAUUGGAAAUAAUGACGGCUCCUGUUGUUCAUUUCAACAUACUCCACAAUUUGAUAUUAUUACAGUCUUCCUGGGUUUUCCUGUUUUCGUUCCUAGAGCCUCGAUCUGAGAAAAUUUAGAGAAACCUGAAUUCAUUUGGAUAAUCAACAGAAAAAAUUGAAAAUAAAAAAAUCACGAUCCGUUCGAAAGAUGAUACACUGAGAAAAUAAAUUAAUCGAAAUUCUUCCCUCUCGAAAAUAAUAAGUUCAGGAAAAAUGAAUAAUCAUUCGAGGAGUUAAUCCAAGGUCAAGUGCAACAUCGUCAUUCUCCAAAACAACAUGAUCGUCACAAUUGAAAUCUCAUCAGGCUCCCCGGGGAAUGACUCGAUAGAAGAAAUACGAUUGUGAAAAAAUAAAUUCUUCUCUCAAGUAAA